AUGGCUGCUCCUCUUCCUCUAGUGUUUCUGCUCAUGAUUCACGGAGUUUGUAGCCAAUGGGGUGGUUGGGGUGUGAGUUACAGUCCUUCACACAUCUGUGCACUAAAGGACUCAACAGUGAUAAUGAGAUGCACUUAUACAUACCCUACUGGAUAUCAGAUCAUGAAAGUGUUCUGGACCAAAACACUGGUAAUAGAUCAUGGAGAGUUUCCAGAUCUGUCUAAUGACCCUGAAUACAGUCAGAGGCUUCAGUAUCUGGGAGAUAAACAGCAGAACUGCACCGUCAGACUGAGUCAUGUGACACUGAAGGAUUCACACAUGUACUAUUUCAGAUUCAUCACUGAUAAAGACAAAUGGACUGGUUAUCCAGGAGUGACUCUUAAUGUCACAGAUCUUCAGGUGGAGUCUCCUGAGAGAGUGACAGAGGGAGAUUCAGUCAGUCUGACAUGUAAAAGCAGCUGCGCUCUGACUGACAGAGCAACAUUCAUCUGGUACAGAAACUCACAGCCAUUAACUGAGAGAAGAGACAGAAACAAUGAACUCCUGCUGCAGUCAGUCAGAAGAGAGGAUUCAGGCAGAUAUAGCUGUGCUGUAGACGGACACACUCACGUCUCUCCUGAUGUCCAGCUCAAUGUCAUGUAUUCUCCCAGGAGCGUCUCAGUGUCCAUCAGUCCAUCUGGUGUAAUAGUGGAGGGAGAUUCAGUGACUCUGAACUGCAUCAGUGACUCAAACCCUCCUGCAGAAAUCCGCUGGUUUAAAGGAGGAACGAUUGUAGGAUCUGGAAGAAUCUUCAACAUCUCAAAGAUCAGCUCUGAAGACAGUGGAGAAUACAAGUGCAAGUCCAUCAAUAAACAUGGAGAGAAAUACUCUGAUGCUGUGACUUUAAACGUCAUGUACCCUCCCAGGAGCGUCUCAGUGUCCAUCAUUCAGUCUGGUCAGAUUUGGCUGGGAGAUUCAGUGACUCUGAACUGCACCAGUGACUCAAACCCUCCUGCUCUGAACUUCAGCUGGUUUAAGGAGAAUGAAACCUCAGCUGUUGGAUCUGGACAGAGUUUCAGUGCACUACAGAGUGGACGCUUCUACUGUCAGGCUCACAAUCAACAUGGAUCUCAGAGAUCAGACGCUGUAACUGUCACAGUUGGUCGUACUGCUGGUUGGCUCGUCUGGUUGGGGAUCACAGUAGCAUGUGUAGGAAUAUUCAUCAUCAUCAUCAUCGUAUUGUAUAAAAUUCAGAAGAAAAGGAUAAACUGUAGAUCUGCAAUACACGAGUAUGAGAACGAUCCUAGAACUGAUCCCAGUGAAGGCACAUAUACAUCUCUUGAGCUCAACACCAGAUCAUCUGACCUGUACAACACACUCACAACUGUACAACCCAGACCUGCUGUUCACCAGUCGGGCUCUUCUGAAUAUGAGAAUGUGUCACCACACAGCAAUACGCCACGGUAAAAUGAAGCACAUUUAAAACUUUACUCAACUUUUGUGGCAUCGCUGGACACGCCCACAUCACAACUACCAAUAAAAAUGAGCAACUUUAUCUGUGAACGCCACUAGAGUUUCUGUUCUGUAGUGAAGUAAUGUUUAUAGGUUUUGUAAAAUAAAGUAAUGGAUUAUGUUCAUGUGUGACCUCAGUGUGUGAUGAAUGAACAGUAUUAUAAUCAAUAAACAUGUUUUCCACUA